AUGGCUUCCUCACCAGACACAAUACGUGCCCAUUGGCGGUGUUUCGUCGCCUGUGGUAUCAUUGUUCUCUCUCCCUUCCAAUAUGGACUCGACUUUGGACUAAUUGGAGGACUCCAAGCCAUGCCUGGCUUCCUAAUGGUGUAUGGCUACGAAGACCCAACGACCGCGAUCGGAUGGAACAUCUCAACCACCAGACAGCAGCUGAUUUCUUCGCUAAUGACGCUGGGCGCUUUCAUCAGCUCCAGUCUGGCGGGGUUUGUUGCCGCAAAGCUCGGCAGGAAAAUGUGCCUUCGACUGGCAUGUCUUCUUUGUGCUGUUUCCAACAUAAUAAUGAUGACCACGGCCGAUAUUGGUCCGCUGUACCUCGGCCGAUUACUGAUUGGUCUGGCUAAUGGUUAUUUCAUGACCUUUUCACAACUUUAUAUCCAGGAGACGAGUCCAGCAAAGUACAGAGGGCUGUUCUUGACCGCAUUCCAUCUAUGCACAACCUUUGGAACGCUUAUUGGAACGAUCAUCGACUGGACAACUGCCGGGCGCCCAGAUCGCUCAGCAUACUUGAUACCCCUUGGAAUGAUCUACAUCGUCCCUGUCAUCAUAUUCCUUGCUCUUUGGUUCAUACCCGAGUCUCCGCGAUGGCUUAUCCUCCAGGGUCGCUACGAAGAUGGCUUCAAGUCCCUGAGUUGGCUGAGACCGAAUGGAGCCGAUAUAGACGCUGAGCUGGCCGAGAUACGGCAGGCUAUCGAUACAGAGAAGACUCUAGCAAGCGGUGUCGGAAUGCUGGAUAUGUUCAAGAAUCCAGUCGACAGAAGACGCACCAUGAUUUCGGUCUGUGCGGUUCUUUUACAAGCUGCAUCGGGCUCCAUGUUUAUCAUCGCCUUCAAAGCAUACUUCUUUGCCAUGGCUCAAGUCCAAGAUCCUUUUGCCAUGAGCAACGUUCUCAGCACGGCUGGCAUGACCGCAACCAUCAUCAAUGCUUUCAUCGUAGUGCGAUAUGGACGACGUCGCGUUCUCCUCCUCGGUGGUCUGGUUAUAGCUGGCUUCUUCCAGCUAAUCAUUGCGGUUGUAUAUGAUAGAAACCCUGGCGAAAUCGUUACUGGGAAAGUACUCGUCGCACUUUCGUGCCUUUAUAUGGUGGCUUAUAACGGAAUGAUUGCUCCAUAUUCAUGGCUCGUGGCCGGAGAAAUCCCUUCCCAGCGCCUCCGAAGCUACACCUUUGGCUUUGCAGCAGCCGCAGGUUUCCUUGGGGCUUGGCUUAUCACCUUUACAGCACCGUACUUUAUCAAUCCGAGCGCCUUGAAUUGGGGCCCCAGAUAUGGGUACAUCUGGUUCCCUUCAUGUAUGAUCAGUGCGGCUUGGGUGUACUUCUUCCUGCCAGAGGUCAAGGGGCGUACACUUGAGGAGAUUGAUGUUAUGUUCAACGAAAGACUUGCCGCGAGAAAGUUCCAUACCUUCCAAGUGUCGCAGCACGUCACUGGAGAAAACGUCGGAAAGUCAAGUAUCGAAUUGAGAGUCGUCGAGGCUGAGAGGGUAUAA